CUUGUUUUGUUCCCACCAUCAAAUGGAGUUUGCUCAGUUUCGUAUUGCUCGUCCUACAGACAACUUUGAAAAGAUCAAGGAAUUCUAUGGAAAAGGCUUAGAAUUACCUGUUAUUGGUUCCUUUGAAGGACACGCUGGCUAUGAUGGUAUCAUGUUUGGCUUACCUGAUAAUAAGUUUCAUUUAGAAUUUACUACACAUAUCGAUGGCAGUCCUUGUCCAGCACCAACCAAAGAUAAUCUCUUGGUAUUUUAUAUUCCUGAUCAAGAAAAGAUCUCCAUCAUUGUGAAUAGAUUAGGCAAGAUGGGAUAUCAUCCAGUUGAACCAGAAAAUCCUUAUUGGAAAGAGAAAGGCAUUACUAUUGAAGACCCUGAUAAAUGGAGAAUCGUGUUGAUGAACGGUGAAUACAAAUAAAGACUUAUUAUACA